GGCUUUAUUUACGCCUUUACGCUCCUCGCCGGCGAUGACAUGAAGCACCGUCAGGCAGCCGGUGUCGGAUUCAGGCCGAGCUAACGGCCACCGGUGCAGCUGUGCGGCGGGAAGCCCGGCCCGGUGUCGGUUUGUUGUACAGGGUUAGCUGCUGAGCUAGCUAGCUGCCUGCUUCUUUUAACGCUUUAGCGGGAGUUAGCCUCGGAGGAGACCGAUAACCGCCGCCCGGUCACAGCCUCGGUACAUCUGGCCCCGGACCGCCCCGCAGGAUGCUCGGAGGAGGGCUGCGGUAGGACGGACACAGCCGGUAACCCCGCAGCGGAUGUAGCUAACACCGGGCCCGAAUACCAGCACACCUCCUCCCCUCCUGCUCUCCUGCUCUCCUUCCUUCCUCUCCCAUGAUCGCCAUGGAGCCUCCCGCCCUCAACCCGCUGCCUCAGUUCCCGGAGAACUCCUACAAGAUGACCGAGGAGGACGUGAAGAGGCUGAUCGAGUUCAGGGCCUCCAACGAAGCUCUGUUCACCGGGAAGAGGAACUCUGCCAAGAUCGCCUGGAGCACCAUCCUGAAAGGCCUCGGCCUCGAAGGGAAGCUCACUGCCGACCAGAUUGCCAAAAAAUGGGACAACUUGCGGACGAAAUAUAAGGACCUGAAGCAGCCCUACCAGGGUCAGGACCACAUCGGGGGCGUGGUGGAGUCGUGGCCCUGGUUCCACAUCAUGGACGAAGCCAUGCAGGGUCGCCUCUACAACAGCAACCUGGUGCUGAGUCCGGAGAACGCCGGCAGCGCCGCUCACCGCCCCAACAGCCAGCCGAGCCAGAACCAGGAGAACACCGACAUCCUGGAGUUCCUCAUCAAGACGGAGAUGGAGGACACGGUGGCGGCAGAGGCGGCGGACGACGACGGGACGGUCCACGCCGAGGCGGCGCCCAUCGAGGGCGUCCCGAUGGGCUGGAGGAGGAUGUCCGAGUGCUCGUACAAAAUGACGGAGCCAGAAACAGAGAGGAUGAUCAAACUUCGAGCUGCAAACGAAGCACUUUUCACCGGAAGGAAACAUUCAGCCAAACCGGCCUGGAGAGCCAUUCUGUAUGAGUUGGGUCUUCAAGGGAAACUGACCACUGACCAGUUGGCCAAGAAGUGGGACAACCUGAAGAGGAGGUACAAGGAGCUGAAGUUUCCGGCCCGCGGCGUGGAGACCAACCCCAGCUCGUGGCCCUGGUUCUACCGCAUGAACGACGCCAUGGAGGGACGCUUCGCCGGCGCCGCGCCCAUCCUCACCCCCAUCGUGGAGGACGAGGACGAGGACUGCGAGCCGCUGUCGUCCACGCCGAAGAAACGAGCGCGCCGGAGCCGAGGGGGGAUGGCCGAGUUCCUGACGGAGUCCGAGAUGGACCUGCUGGUGGACAACGAGGAGAAGAACGGGUCGACGGCGCUGGGAGAGCUGCACCGCAUGGCCGAGUUCACCUACAAACUGACAGAAGACGACACCAGGCGACUGAUCGAGCUGCGAGCUGCUAAUGAGUCUCUGUUCACGGGGAGGAGGAACACCGCCAAGCCGGCCUGGAGGGGGAUCGUGAAGGAGAUGGGACUGACGGGGAAGAUCACACCUGACCAGGUCGCCAAGAAGUGGGACAACCUGAAGACCAAAUUCAAGGACCUGAAGUUUCCUCCUCGGGGGAUGGAGGCCCAGACCAACCCGGCCUCCUGGCCCUGGUUCCAGCUGAUGAGCGACGCUCUGGAGGGACGUCUGGCGGGGAAAGCUCCCAGAGUGACGCCGGUGUGGACCAACGAGGAGGACGCCGUGUUCGGCUCGUCUCCGCCCGCCGACAGGGACUGUCUGAUGGUGGAGAGGGGCAGCGUGUCGGAGCUGGAGAGCAUGGUGGGCGGAGACAACGCCGAGGCCGACGGCAACGUCACCUACAUCGACGCCAGCGGGGAGGAGUGUUCAACGCUGUCGGACCUCACCUACAAGAUGACGGAUCAGGACACCAGAAGGAUGAUCAAACUACGAGCUGCUAAUGAGUCGCUGUUCACCGGGAGGAGAAACGCUGCCAAAGCUGCCUGGAAAGCCAUCCUGAAGGAACUCGGGCUGCAGGGGAAGGUUUCCACCUACCAGAUGGCCAAGAAGUGGGACAAUCUGAAGAGGAGAUACAAGGACCUCAAGUAUCCUCCCGUCGGGAUGGAGAGCGUCGCGGACGGCGCCUCCUCCUGGCCGUGGUUCCACCUGAUGAACGAAGCCAUGGAGGGCCGGCUGGCGAGCAGCGCCCCCCUCCUCACCCCCGUCACCCAGGACGACGACCAGCACCCCGACCCCGCCCCCCGACACAGCAGGCCCCGCCCCCUGCCUCCUCCCCCGCCCCCCUCCUCCUCCUCGGACUACGUACAGGACUCGUUCGCUGAUACCGCGGACCAGAACCAGCGCGGCUCGGAGGCCUGCGACGGGCCGCUGGGCGGACUGGAGCGGGAGUGGGAGAUGGUGGAGCGAGAGAGGGCGGCGCUGGAGCGGGAGAGGGAGAUGGUGGAGCGGGACCGGGCGGCGGUGGAGAGGGAGCGGGCGGCGGUGCAGGCCGAGCGGCUGUGGCUGGACCGGGAGAGGGCGGCGGUGGAGCGGGACCGGGCCAUGGUGGAGCAGGAGAGGGCGGCGCUGGGCCGGGAGAGGGAGGUUCUGGACCAGAGAGCCCUGAUGCUGAACUCUGUGGGACACUCCGGACACCUCAACGCCCUCAUGUAGGCUCUGGGGGGGCGUGGAGCGUCCCUGUACAGAACUCCUGUUGGUCCUGGACGGACUCGCUGCUCCUCUGGAUCCAGACGUGGCAGCUGCUGGUCUUCCACACGGAGCUGCUGAAGGACUGAGCUCGCUGGGGGGCCGGUCCUGGACAUGUGCACCUCUGGGGGCGUCGACGUCUGAACAGAGGAGCUGCACAACUCAGCAGUCCAGAGUUUAGUCACUGAAGGGGAAGUUUUUUUAUUGCGUGAUAACCGGAGUCAUAUCUUCACACCUUCAGCCUUUUUUGUUUUUAUCGAAAGAUCUCCUGAAAUAUUUUAAACAGUGCAGCCUUCAGGUGAAUGAAGAGUCCAGCUUAUGCACAUGUGCAGGUUUUUAAAGUCACAUGAUUUAUUGUUUUCAUAGUUUUUUUUAGUCCGGGAGCGUUUAGGAGAGCAAAUACAGAAACACUAACGGGACAAGACCGACUGACAAACACACACACAGCAGACGUUCUGCUCGGAUUGUGCAGCUCCGCCUGUUCAGACCUCAGAGUGCCGACGAGUUCUCCUCACUGGGCCCUGGAGGUGCACACCAGUGUUCCCAGUUCAGCUCCCCUGCAUGUAGACGAACUAACCUGGGACGAACCACUCUGGACCGACGACGCCGUGGUUUCUCCUCCUCGUGGACGGUUCCAGUGGAACCGAUGGAUAAACGCUCUGCGGUCCACACAGACAGACGCUCAGAACACACGACUUCCUUCUUUGUAUUUAUUUACGAGCAGACGUCACGUUUUAAUUUAAGGUCGCUGUCGCAGCUUCAGGUCUUCUGUCUGUGUGUUAAAGUUAUGUCAGAGUCGCCGGAAAAACAUCUGAAAUCUGAAUCCAGUUUAACCUGCAGCAGCUUCUGAAUGCAGUCGUGACUGAAAACAGAAUUGAAUGAAACACUAAGUUAUAGUUUGAUAAUCAAUCAGUCAGUGUGAGAACAUUUUUCAUUUUAAAAAGUCAAAAUUGUCUAAUUGCAGCUUUUUAAAUGUGUGUAUUUUCUUUUUUCUUUUUUUUUUUACCCCCUCUGAAAUGAGACAGAACAACUCUUGUGCACAAAACAUGAUGUUUGAGAAACACUGACGGACAUUUUUCAGCAUUUUCUGACAUUUUUGAGACCAAACAACUAAUUGAUUAAUCCAGAUAAUAAUCAAAAAUGUAACUUAAUCACAGUAAUCCAGUUGUUUCAGACCGAACUCUAUCCGUCUGAUUGCUGUAAUUGGAAAAAGAAAAAUCCAACUUGCUCAACCUUUAUUUAAACUCUGAAUACACUGAAGUAUAAAGACCUUAUUUACAAUAUGGUGGAGUAAGAAAAUAAAAGUUUGAGUAACAAUAUGUAAAGGAAAACUUGUAAAAAAUGUUCAAACACACUAAUUAGAGUCUUUAAAACUCAAAAACAAGAGAAUCAACUGAAACAAGAACAUCUGGAAGUCAAAUGAGAUGCAAUUAAAAACCUGAUUUGCUCUAAAGUGUAAAAUUUAAAUCAUCAAAAUAAAAAAUAACUU